CAUUCCCUCAUCACGUCACCACGGCCAAGGCACCGACCAAACCAGAGGCAUUUCAACGCAGCAAACACCCGCGUCCAGUCCGCAAACCACCGCGCCCAACCCCGUUCGACUCAUUGCCCUUUUCAGAUUAUAUCUGCGCGUGCGCCCCCAGUUUAUCGCCAUGGCCGACGCAGCCGCAAAGCCCAGCAGCAGCGUGAAGCUGGUGCUUCUGGGCGAAGCAGCAGUUGGCAAGUCGUCGCUCGUUUUGAGAUUCGUCAACAACGAUUUCCAAGAGAAUAAAGAACCAACCAUAGGAGCUGCCUUCUUGACGCAAAAAUGUAAUCUACCAACCCGGACCAUCAAGUUUGAGAUAUGGGAUACCGCCGGACAGGAGCGCUUUGCCUCGCUGGCGCCCAUGUACUACCGCAACGCGCAGGCCGCGCUCGUCGUCUACGAUCUCACCAAGCCGGCAUCACUCGUCAAGGCGAAGCACUGGGUCGCUGAGCUGCAGCGGCAGGCUUCGCCGGGGAUCGUCAUCGCGCUCGUCGGCAACAAGCUGGACCUGACCAGCGACGGCGGCGAUGCCGUCGCGGAUGCGGACGAUGGUGCAGAUGACGCGGCCGGUGGCGACGCCCGCAAGAUCUCGACCGAGGAGGCCAAGGGGUACGCAGAGGAGGAGAGCUUGCUAUUCUUCGAGACGAGUGCCAAGACGGGCGUCAACGUCACCGAGGUCUUCACCGCCAUAGCCAACGCCAUCCCCGAGACGUCGCUCAAGAGUGCGCGCGGGCCUUCCGCGGCGGCUGGUCGUGGGGAUAAUGAUCAACGCGUCAACCUAGGCAGCGGGCAGGACCAGGGGGACAAGGAUAACUGUGCUUGUUAAUUCCGGUUCGAUGAGAGGGUGGAGGGCAGGCAGUCCAUGACGAUGCGGGCUGGAGGUGUCGCGCUUGUGUUGGGCAAGCGGCAGCUCCUCAUAUUGUCUCACAUGACUGAGGCCUCGGGAUAGUUGUUGGGACACAGAACGAUGUGCGGGUUUCCUUUUUUUUCUGCAUUUCUUAAGCCGGUCAUAAGGGGCACGUCUUUCGGGCUUAACGGGGCGUAAUGCUUGCUCUUGAUACUUUCUUUCUCUUCUGUACUUGGUCGUUUUUUUCCGCCAGGACUACAGCCAGUUUUGGUAAUAGAGAUUUGAGAACCGAUGCGUCAUCCUGCUUUUGUUUGAUCUAUCUAGAUUUAGGUACCAAUACGAACUUGGAAAUACUCGGAGUCGCGACAGAGGACUUGGACAAAGCUAAUGGGACCACCCGAAUACCUAAGGCGCUCCUAAUAUGUAACUUUCUCG